AUGCCAUACAACAAUGCCCCUAUCGAGCCACCUCAGGACGUCACAGGCUCAUCUGCUCUUCCAAUGGCGAGAGUGAAGAAAAUCAUAGCUAUGGAUGAUGAGAUUGGCCAAUGUUCCACCACGGCUGCUUUUGCGAUCUCUGUCGCGACGGAGAUAUUCCUUCGCUACUUAACCGAACAAGCAUAUAACGUGGUCAAAUCGGAACGAAAGCCCCGGCGGAAUAUUGCAUACAAGGACGUUGCCACAGCGGUAUCUAGAAUCGACAACCUCGAGUUUCUGUCCGACACGGUUCCCAAGACAAAGACCUACCGGCAGUACAGAGAAGAAAAGGCUCAGGAGGCUGCGCAUGCAGCAUCCUCGACGGCUGGACAUGGCGUCAAUGGUGAGACUGGUUCGAUUUCGAUCCAGACGAUGAUGAAGAAUCAGCCGCAGAACGGUGUCAAUGGGGUAAACGGCUCUCCGCAUGCGAAUGGCACAAGUGGUGGUUCCGUCGGUCACAGAUCACUUCAUCAGCGAACGCACAGUCAUCCGGACCCGGUCAGGGACAUCGAGAUGAGUGGUUGA